CUUUGGCGAUGGCCGAGCGGACGGACGCGCACGAGCCGCGCUGGACCGAGCGCGGAGCGUCCUUCCUCCGACGCAUCAACCUCGAGCGCGUGGCCGAAGACCCGCGCGUGCGCCUGCUCGUGGACGGCCAGAGCACCGGCGACAUCUCGCUCACGUCGCCCAUGAAUGCACAGAUCCCGGCGCCGUUGCCGCCCCCACCAUCGGCCGACGAGCCAGUCGCGAGCUGGUCGCGAGCGCUCAAGGAGUCGAUAUCAAGCGUCCUCUUUAGCAAAACCAACGACGAACCGAUCCUCCACUUUUCGUCGCGCCUCGCCGUGCUCGCGCCGCCGGCCAUGCAAGCCGUCACCAAGCUCUUUGGCGCAAAGACGUAUACGAGCACGUGGGCGGACGCGCAGCUGGCCAUGUCCAACCUCGACGCCGCGAUCGCGACUCGCUUUGCCGAGAAGGCGUGCGUCAUGGACUGCGGUCUUCUUGACGCGGUGCAACGGACGCACCAAAAGCCGCUCGUGCCCGACACCUUUGCAGGUACCCGCAUGCUUCUUGUCUGCGACCGCUAA